UGUGCCUUGGCUCCAGUGUACAAGCCAACAGUGAGACGGCUUGUGAUGGGGCGUCUACCUCACAAGUAAGUUGAGCAACGCCGCAUAGGAGUAGGCUCUCUGCCAUAUGAGGGGUAACGGCAGGACCGAGGCCUGGUCACCACUUCUUCAUUGCUAUUUCAAGUCGAUUUGUCUCGUCCAUUUCGCGUUUUAUUCUCCUCCGUGUCCUACUCUCAAUUCUUUCAAUUCAACCACAAAGCAAUCCUCACUAUGCCAGACGACAAGGUCCAGACAUUUGACAUCCCCAAGACGUGCAAGGGUGGGGUAGUCGUAAACGAAGGUCCAGAUUUCUAUGUCGAGGUUCAAGACGUCCCCACCCCAGAGCCAGGACCAAACGAUGUUUUGAUCAAGCUGAACGCGACUGGCAUUUGCCAUAGUGAUAUCCACUUCAUGUUAAACGACUGGGCGCUGCCAAAGAUGUCCGCACUGGGCACACAGUGCGCUGGACACGAGGGUGCUGGCGUCAUUGUUAAAGUCGGAGACCAGGUCAAGAAACUGAAGCCUGGCAUGAGGGCCGGGUUCAAGCCCAUUCAAGACACCUGCGGUGCAUGCGAGCUCUGCCGCGGCGACCAAGAGUGCUAUUGCCCGGGUGCAGUCUUCACUGGCUUGAUGUGCGAUGGAUCUUACAAGCAGUACGUCGUCUCGCCCGAACGCUACACCACGAUCAUCCCCGACGGCGUGAAUGACUACAUCGCCGGGCCCAUCAUGUGCUCGGCCUCCACAAUCUACACAUCGAUCAAGGAGUCCAAUCUCAAGCCCGGAGACUGGGCCGUCUUCCCGGGUGCAGGCGGUGGUGUCGGUAUGCAGGGCGUUCAGCUCGCCAAAGCCAUGGGUCUACGCGCUGUUGCCAUUGACACCGGCGAUGACAAGGAACAGCUCUGCAAGAAGGUUGGUGCCGAGGAGUUCAUUGACUUCAAGAAAGUUGAGAACGUCGCCGAGGAGAUCAUUCGCAUCUGCGACGGCAUCGGUGCACACGGCGUCUUCGUCACCGCAGUGCAGACAUACCCAUCGUCGGUCAGCUACCUGGGCGGUCGCGUCGGCGGAAAGGUCAUGUGUAUUGGUCUGCCGCCUGCGGGCACGCAACACAUCGAUGUCGAUCCGAACCAGAUGUGUUUCAAGAAGCAGAGCAUUCAGGGCACGCUCGUUAGCAGCAUGGCGGAUGUCGACAAGACGCUGGACUUUGCUAAGAGGGGACUGUUGAAGCCUAUCUACACGGUAUACCCCUUGAGCCAGUUCAAUGAGGCUGUGCAGAAGCUGAGAAGGGGUGAGAUUGCUGGCAGAGCUGUGAUCGACUUUAACCAGGAAUAGACGCGGGAACUAGAUGGUGGAUUGUACAGGAGACGAUGUACCGACACGGCGUAUGAGUUACGAAGGGCAUUUAGCGCCAAUUCAUGAUCGUAGCAAUAGCAUGUAGCAACGAGC